AAAAAUUUUCCCUGGAACCAUUUAAGUACAAAUUUAAAUAUUAAUUACAGCGUUUUGUUAAUCGGCACCUGUUUAUCACUUGAAAAUCAGCAGAUUGCCUGGCAAGCUACCGCGAUUGCUGAUUGGUAAUAGAUUUCUUUAAAUGUUUAUGAAUGAUCGGUCAUAUUGUUCUAUUGUUUGACAUGACUCGCUUGUAUAUAAUUAUCUACCUUCUAUAAUCACGAUAGAGUAUUGAGUUUACAUUUUUCACCAAUAGAAUAUAUUUGGGUGUACUCGACAUUUCCAUUUGUCUGUUAAUCGCAGGUGUAUUUACAGACUGGAUUUAAUUCUUGUUUGGGGAAGUCGGAAAAAAUACGACAGAUUUAAUAAUUACAGAAAAUGAAGACAAGUUUAUGAGACAGGUGUAUUGACAUAAAAAAAGUUUGACAAAUGAUUAUUUUAAUACCAACAAAUUUUGUUUGAUAAAGAGAUAAGUGCAUUUAAAAAGACGUAAAGAUUUUAAGAUAGUUGGAUAUAAUAUUAUCUUUCGCUAUAAACACACAAAAAAAGUAAGUGACAUAAAUCGAGGUUAAGGCAGCGAAGUGAUUGAAGAAUUUCAAAGCUACAAGAUAUAUUGAAUAAACACCAAGUCUUGUUGAAUUUACUGACAGUUUAUGGAUGUGUGUAAACCAAGGCUGUUGUUGAUUUUUAUGUGUCAAAGGAAAAAAAGGGAUAUUUUUAGUGUGAACUAAAACAAUUGACAAAGACUGUUGAUAGAUUGAAAUGACUUUGAGUAAACUGAUGAAGGAUUAUCUGAAAUACUCUCAUAUAAAGUAAGAAAAUUGAGAUAACGGGUAUGGCAAAAAUGAGGAGUGUACAGGUGGAUAUAAUAAGGAAGUGUAAGAAGCCUAUGCAUUUUGAGAAUUGUUCUGCAUUUGGUGGCAGUAGUACCAGCGGCACAUUGACAUCUACAGACAGUAACGUUAGCAACAAAGAUAUCCGUAGCGGCACACUAACAUCCACAGACAGUAAUAACAGUGUUACCAGAAAUAGUAACUUUUCGCCGAAUUCUACACAUUUGGAUGUUUUUGGACUUUCUUCAAACAGGGCCCUGGAGCUGCCAGUGUAUCCAGAGAAACAAACCAGUCUGAGCCGGUCAACAUCUGGUUCUGAUCUCAGACAAAUUACGGUGCUAGAACGACUCACUAAAACACAUCCAAUAUGGUUCUUACCACAGGUUGGCCGGUCCGGUGCUGUCCACUUACUAAAAAAUCGAGACACAGGGAUUUUCAUUGUUCGGAAAUCAAGUCGAGAAGAGAUUAUGGCACUAUCGGUACAAUAUCCAAACCAAGACGGUACCCAGAACGUUGAUCAUUAUCUUAUAGAGCCCACAGAGCAUGGGCUCCACUUGCAGGGCUCCGUUAGAUUGUUUGAUGCUGUACCUAAUUUAAUUGCCCAUUACUGUGAUAAUAAAGAGGAUUUACCACAUAGACUUGUUCUCCCACCAGCUGUUAGAAAUGCCAAAUUUUCCCAAGAAUUGACAGCACUUGCAAUGCUUGGCCAAGAUUUCUGGACAUCUUCAAAGUAUGAUGCUCAAAGUAGAUCGUCAAGCAGGUCAAAUCUCUCUGAACAUUCAGCGACAAUGAAUAAAUCCCAGAGUGAACCAAUCAGCAUUAUUAAAAAUCCAGUGCCAGCUUACAGCCAAUCAGAUGCUCUGAUACAGCAACAUACUCCACCAACUGGCCAAUCAGAUGAGGGGUUACUACAAAAUACCCCUCCAAAACAUUCUGUGAUAGACUUUUCUUCAUAUUUAAUUCAAAAACCUUCUAAAACACUGUUAGAAAUUGGACAAACCUGUUCACAACAAAGUUUGAGUAGUAUAUCUGAAAGUGUUCAUUCAAAGUGUUCCCUCACAGGAAGUAAAAGUACUCAAUCUUUUAACUUCAGAAGUGAGAGUAGGCAAACUGAUCAUGUGACAACAAAAAGACAUGUGACUAGAAGUUCUUCAUUGCAUGAGGAUAAUCUACCAAGACAGAGAUUGGUGCUACAAGUGAAUGAUAAAGAAAACAGGGUAGAUAUUAAGAUUGCUAAGAGAGAAUCUUUAGUUUCUGUACCAUACGCAAAACCAAAUAAAGGAUCAAAUCAUACUGGACAAGAGCUGGACUCUGGUAUGCCAGUAGAUUACCUUCAUGUUCCGGAAGAGAAUUAUUUUCGGAGUAAUCUUUCAGAUAAACUAAGUGACUAUGAAGACAUAUGGAAAAAUAAUUACGCAGAUCCAAAAGUCAGUAGUGUUCAAGCAGAUAUUGUGCAAAGGUUACAACCAAAUUUAGUGAAUGGAAAUUCUCCCAGAAGUCCCACAUCUCCUGUCAUGACAACCACAGUGUUUCAUGAACAGUGUUUUAGUGAGAAAUGUCUAACUACGGAUUUAAAUGUAAGCUUAGAUAAAUUAACAGUGUCCAAUGAUAAAGCUUCUACCAAAGAUAUUAGUGCUAGAGGUUUAAAACCAUUCAGUAGUCAGGUAACUGAUAGUGCUAACACGAAGGAGUCAGAAACACAGAUUUUAAAACAUCAGUGUAUUGUUAAAGGUCAGAUUGAUCAAAGUGUUCAAAGUGCUAAUACUUCAGGUGAUAAAUCCCCUGAAUCUGAACAUAUUCAACAAAUUAUAGCAAGUGCAGGAUUUGAUUCUAUUCUUGAACAAGACAGUGAUAUAGACUGUGACAGUAACCAUGGGGGUAGUUGUCAUAGUAACAGUGAUGCAGAUGCCGAUACCGAAGAUCCUGAGGCGGAACCAACAAACUCGGUUCAAACUCAGACAAGCCCUUCUUGGAAGCAAAACUCUUCUCCAUUUAAAAAGAGUCCUAGAAAGUCUGUUUCAACUUCUUCACUAGCAAUGAAAAGUCCAGUGUACUCUGAACCUUUCGAUGCCAUAAGUCCUUUGGAAAAUGAAAACAAAGAAAAUGGUCAAGUUCCAAAACUUCCAAAAAAGUUACGGAGAAGAUCAGCUCCAGCAAUUAGUCAUGUUUCAAAGCGACGUCUUCCAUCUACAGAGUGUUCAAAACUUUCUCCUCUUGUGUAUGAACCAGAUAAAACUGUUAAGGAGGAAUCUCCUGAAAAUAGUUCAGAAAGUUCUAAUGAAGAGGAGGAUGUGUUUGAAAUGUCUUUGGAACUGAUGAAAGAAAAUCAUGAUGAAAAAACUGAGGGUAUUGAAAACGAAAAUGCAUAUGAAAAAGCAUGGGUUGACCAUGUGAGUUAUGAUGGUAAAAAUAGUGAGCAUAAAGGAAAUAAGGCUAAUAAACCAAAACCUUUACCUAGAAAAACAAAAGUUAAGAAACCAAACUUACUACAAGAGGCUUUAACAAAUCAUAGAAACAAAAAGGAGGAUGCUUUUAGAAAUUCCAAAAAUGAAUAUAAUCAUUAUGAUACAUCUAUUAAUAUAAUGGAUCAGUUUCAAUUUCUUGAUGAUUUGGAUGAAAAUCAGAACCCUUCCAGUCCAACAGUAGGAAAAUUUCCAGUUUUCACAAAAGUUAGUGAAGAUCAGAAAAUGAUGUAUUCUGAAGGAUCAACUGCAGAGGAUAUUAUAACUUCUUGGAAUCCUGAAUUGACAUUACGUCCAUUGAAACCAUUCCCAGUUUUUGGGACUUUGUCGGAAUAUGAUAAUUUGAAUAACCCAUAUGUUGCACCUUCUGUAAAUAGUAAUGGAACUCUCUUUUGUAAUCCAUGGGAGAAUAGUGUUCUUGGAAAAAUUAUGAAAACGCAUUCAUCACAUCAACACUCUCAUAUUCCAGUUACAACCCCACCCCCUGGUCAUGCCCCACCCCCACCUCUCCCGUCCUUGGAUCCAAGGGAGAGAAUUGAGGCAUGGCGUAAAUCUAGUCAAAAAUAUCAUAGUGUUCAAAUAGAAACUGAGGAUGAGAAUAGACUGAGUAUGAUAUCAGAUAACAAUUCUAUAGCUGCAGUGACUUUUGGAGGUGAUAAAAAUAGCUCGUGCAAUUUACGUGUUUCGUCUAACGAACAAAGUCGCAGUCAGUCAGAUAAAACAAUAGUGAAUGAAAAAAGUACAACACAUUCCGGAACUGUGACAGAGAGAUAUUGUGAAAACAUUCCAUUGUUUGGUGCAGAUUUUAGAGAUAAAAUUGCUCCUGUGCUAUCCCAGCCCCGUAUUGUGAACAAAUCGGAUCGAAAUCGAAAUCCUGAUCGUGCCAUAAGAGAUUAUAUAAUCAGUCUUUCCAACGAUAGAAGUACAACAUUCGGAAGUACGAUAGAGAACUUUAUACAGUGUACGCUAGAGAGCGCAGAUACUAACCCACAUAAUAUUACCAGAAAUGUUCGUCAAUUCAUGACAGGCAUAAAAAAUUAUCUAGUCAAACAUGGUGAAGGGGAAUUAGAGGAUUUGAUAGAGAGAGAACGUAAUCAGCUUGGUAGAGAUGAGAUAUUGAAUAUAGAUGCUAUUAUCGAAGGUUCUCUCCAUGUAUGUGUCAUACAACCAUUGAAACAAAACAUCUAUAAACUUUUUGUCAAUGAAUAUACAAGGAAUGGUAACCUGAAACUACUGUCCAGUAAUAUCAAAUAUGCGAGAACAAAGACAGCCGAGGAGAUCGGAAUUCGGAAAGGAGUUUCUCCCCCUGACGGUCCAACUCUGGAAGUGAUCAAACAUUAUUUUACACGAAUGCAGAAAUCCUACUCUCCCUUGAAGAAACUAGAACAUCUUUUGGCUGCAACAUCCUCAAUAUAUAAAUGUGUAGCUGUAGGACAACGGAGUAACAGUUCUUUGCCAGUUUUUGGAGCAGACGAUUUUCUGCCAAUGUUGAUAUAUGUUUUGGUGCAGUGUGGAAUGGUUUCCGUGGAGAUAGAAGCAGACUACAUGUGGGGGCUGUUACAUCCCUCCCUCUUAAACGGGGAGGGAGGCUAUUACCUGACAUCACUCAGUAGUGCUGUUCUUGUCCUGAAAAAUUUCCAAGAAAUGCAGGAAACCACAGCUUCUCAACAAGAGGGCAAGCUACCUAGUAUAAGUGAUAUGCAGGGUUUCCUGAAGAUUGCCAUUCCAGACGAGCAACAAGAUACAAUAGUGUGGAGAACUUUACCUGUAAGACCUAGUAUGACUACCAGAGAUGUUUGUUCAAUGAUUGCCCACAAGUUUAAGAUCACAAAUCCACAAGAUUAUGGACUGUAUACGUUAGAGAGUGGAGAAGGUAGGGAACACAAAUUGAUGGACAUGGAGUGUCCGCAGUCUCUGAAAGCUGACCGUCUUUUGCACAAGAAGGAGUGUAUAUUCGCAUACAAACGUAAUGCUGCCAACAUCGCCUGGCCUAAGUCUGUACAAUGACUCUAUAGAUUACACACAAAUUCCGUAAUAAAAUGGCCUAGCCUUUAAAAUGUGUCGAGAAAGUGUUUAAACUUCACUGCCUGUUUAAGAACAAACUGGUCUAAAUUUAAACAUCAUCGAAAGGAAAAACAAUGAGAUCAAAAGAAGAACGUUUUUCGCAUGAAACGGCAUUUCAAACACUGAUGAAACAAGGAAAAUAAUGGAAAUAAAUGACAUUUAACAACACUAUGGGAAAUAAUACUAGUGUACAACUAUAUACUAAAAGAGAUACAAAGUUUUUCUAUUUGAACAUUUUUAUUAAUGUUGUAAACGAUGAACUCGUACAGUAACAUGUAAACAUUGUACAGUACUUGUGUAUCUCGUGUAUUUUUUGAAUUUUGAUAUAGUAUAUUCAUUAUUCAUCAUGUCUAAGUCACUUUCUGUCAUCUUUUUUACCACCAUUUGCAAAGUAUAUUUUUAUGAGAUAUCAAAUUUCAAGUACUUAUACAAUCUUGAAACAUGCAAGGGAGACAAUUUACUGGAAAUGUGCAAGGGAGACAAUUUAUUAGCUAAACAAGCAAGUUACUCCUUUCAUAAUGUGGCAUGCAUUUGAAUUUUUAAUAAAAAUACAACUACUGUAAGAAAAAAUAAAAUGAUUUAAAUGGUAAGAACAGUGAAUGGAGUUUUUAACAGGAAAUGGCAGUGUCAACUAUAUCUCUGAAAAUACCAGUUUCUUUAAGCUAUACCAAAUUAUAGAUUAGAUAAUAUUUUGAAGGUUACGAGGACAUUUAAUGUCAAAUAUUUGUGUUAAAGAAAUCUUAGACAGUAUAAUUCUAAUGAUUGCAACAAAUUUUUCAAGUGAAACAUGAUUAUAAGUUUUAAAAUCUAUAUAAAUAAAAAAAAAUUUUAAGUGAAGGGAAAUAGAUUGUUAAUAUUCAUUGGUAUGAUGUACAUACUUACCAUAAAAGUAAGUAGUAUGGCAUAUGCAUUUGCCAUUCACUGAUAUGGUAUGGUAUGGUAAUUGAAUUUGCUAUUCUUCUGAUAUGGAAUGGUGAUCAUAUUAGGGUAAUGAUCAUGGUAUAGUGUAUGUAUUUGCAAUCUGCUAAUAUAUCUGCAUAUCUACGGUAUGGUUUAUGCAAUUACCAUGCAUUAUUGUGGUAUGGUAUGGCAUAUGUAUAUAUGUACCAUUAAGUCAUUUGAAAUGAAUGAAAAUCUUAUCUAUAAAUAAGCUAUAGUACAUGUAUUUGCUAUUUUACAGUCAAUUAGUAUGGUUAUGUAUUUGUCAUCUGCUGGUAUGGUAUGGUGUAUGUAUUUGCCAUCAAAUGGUACAAUACUGUUUAACUGUAUCAGUUAGACAGGAAUUAUGUUAUUUUAACUUUUUAUCCUUUAGUUGAAAACAAUACAUGUUUUAACUAAAAUCAUUUUAACGCAAUAUUUGAAAAAAUAUAGCCUCAUUCUAAAACCUUUGAAUGUACAAAUUUUUAUACUAAUUGCUUUCAUUCAUAUAAAGAUGGUGCUAUUAAUAGAAUAUAAUGUCAUAGUUGUAAAACUACAAUGUUUAGAAAAUUGGAAUUCACAGCAAACCUUAGUAACAUUAAAAUUUUCUGACUUUUGUACAUGUUUCAGUUUCUAUAUAACUAUUAAUAUAGUAUUAGUGAAAGUAAUAUACACCUUUGCAGUAAUGGAAGUAUUUUAUCAACAAUGAUUUUAGUUAUAUUCUUUAAGCUGUAUAAAUUAUCAUCAGAAUUUAAUCGUUAACCUACUGAAAUUCCUGUAUGGACUUGUCCCAGCUUCCAUUUUGGAACAAUCCAUUAUCAAUUUUAGGGAUAUCAUGAUAAAAGUUUAAACGUUUGAUCCCAGCAGUAAAGAGACUGGUCCGAGUGCAUGAAUGUGCAGGUUUACCAGACUGUAUACUGGUGGAAAAGGCGUUGCAAGUUUGGUUUCAGCAUUGUAACAGUUAAAUAACUCAACUUGCAGUAAAAUAAGUAAUUGGAUAUAAUUGGAUCAUUGAAUUAUGAUUAAAAAUACAUGUACAUUGUACUGGAGUUCAUAUGAUUUUUAGCUCAUCUGUUUCGAAGAUAAAGUAAAGGUAUUAUGAUUGCUGUGGCGGCAACGUUGUCAUCGAGCAAAAACAUUUACGUAGCCCGUUGCUCAUACAUUUCAAAAGGUAUACUUGCUUUACAUGACAAGGUACAGUUGAUAGACAAGGCGCAUAACUCUGAAAGCAAUAUAUUGGAGUUAUGACCCUUUUUAAAUUAGUAUUUUGAACAGACGAGCGUUAACACUACAUACGGUGCUCUUGUUUAAAAGUGUAUUUUAAUUAUGUGUAAAGCUUUAAGUAAUUAGAGCUGAGUGUGAAAUGGUUUUAACACCUUUGAAACAAAGGAGAUAAGAUCAUGUAGAACCAUAUUGUUCCAGUUUAGAUAUAUAAGCCAUUUGUGUUGAUUGCAAAUGAUUGUUGUCCUUGAAGAUUAACUGUUACGUUUUUUCAUUCUAUGUUAUUAUAUUAAAAUGUUAGUGUUAUCAUCAGAGUUGCUAUAGUUAUGUAUAAUUCCCCCCUAUAAGUAAAGGAAUUACUGUUGUUUUUUAAGUGCAACUUAUAACUUAUUUUAGUUGUAUUGUGAAAUAAAACUGCUGAAGAAAGUAAA